UGAAAAAAACAAAGAAAAAAAAAAGAAAGAAAAAAGGGGAGGUCUGAAAUCCUUAUAUUUCCUUUUUCUUGCAGGAGAGAGUUGGAGAAGUGCAUGUAUACUUUAGGCUAAGUCCAGAGAAUAAGCAUCUCUUCUCCUUCCCACAUCCUAUUCUAGCUUUCUUUCUUCUUUUAGCAGAAGGAAUUUCCAGAGAUCCGAAAGUGAGAAAUCAUCUCGUACAAAAGAAAGAGAUGGGGAGAGGAAGAGUAGAGCUUAAGAGGAUAGAGAACAAGAUCAACCGCCAGGUUACGUUCUCAAAGAGGAGGAACGGUCUUCUGAAGAAAGCUUACGAGCUUUCCGUUCUCUGCGAUGCCGAGGUUGCACUUAUCGUCUUCUCCAGCCGCGGGAAGCUCUAUGAGUUCGGCAGCGCUGGUAUCAACACAACACUCGAGCGAUAUCAACGGUGUUGUUACACUUUUCAAGAUGCUAAUAUCACUGAUCGCGAUACACAGGGAUGGUACCAAGAAGUAUCCAAAUUAAAGGCGAAGUGUGAUUCACUACAGCGCUCGCAGAGGCAUUUGCUCGGGGAAGAUCUUGGACCACUAAGUGUGAAAGAAUUGCAGAAACUGGAAAGACAACUAGAAUCAGCUCUCACACAAACAAGACAAAGAAAGACACAAAUUAUGUUAGAGCAUAUGGAAGCACUCCGUGAAAAGGAACGCCAGCUUGGAGACCUAAACAAGGAGCUCAAAAAUAAGCUUGAAGCGAAGGGGCAAGGUGCUUUCAGAGCCAUGCAAGGCUCAUGGGAGUCAGGCCCAGUAGUCGGAAACAACGGCUUCCCAAUGCACCCUUCUCAAUCUGCUGCUAUCGAAUGCGAGCCCACCUUACAAAUAGGGUACCACAGCUUUGCUGCUCCCGAAGCCAACAUUCCGAGGACUGUGGUGGCCGAGAGUAACUUCAUGCAUGGAUGGAUCCUUUGAGCACCAUUUCAAUAAAUAAAUAAAGAAGAAGAAAAAAAAAAGCACCAUUUGAACACAGACAUGAAUUAUAUAUGACUUUGAUAUGAAUUUCACACAAUAUGGUUUGUAAAGCUAUGUAGUUUGGUGUGAACUGCAUACAACUGCUAGAGUGCUCUCAUGUUUUCCAUUAUCUGUUAAUGUCAGUGUCAGAUUACAUAGCGAAAUCAUAAUAAUCGAAGUUAUUGCC